CUCUUCAGUCAUUCAUGUCUCAGAAUUUGUGAAGAAAUGUUCAACGUCCAGACUAAGUAUUUUAGUGUAAGUAAAACUCUUCUGCUCGCUGUUGGCUUGUGGCCUUAUCAACAGUCGAACUUCACUCGAUUUCAAUUUAUUUUCUUGUCUACUAUUUUGACGACACAAGUGAUAUUUCAAUUUGCAGUAUUUAUUUCACAAAGAUGUACUCCGCUUCUCAUUACCAAAGUUUUAUCCCCCGGACUUGCGUGCACAAUUCUUGUAAUAAAAUACAACAUGUUCUUUGUCAAUGUAAAAACUGUGAAGGAUUUAUUGGAACAAUUAGUGGAUAUGUGUAAUAAAUUAAAAGAUGAAAACGAAUUUGCUAUUAUAAACGAAUAUGGAUGUGAUAGUAUACGUUAUACUAAGUUACUUAUAGUAAUUGGCAUUAGCAGCAUAUUUCUUUGCACUUUUGCGUCACUUUGGUCGGAAAUUUUAGAUAUUAUUUUACCAACAAAUGUGUCAAGAUCGCAUAAUUUUCUAAUUAUGACGGAAUAUUUUAUCGAUCAACAAAAAUAUUUUUAUAUUAUACUAGUGCAUUUUAUUUUAUCGAUUGCUAUUGGAAUAGCUGUAAUAAUAGCGAUAUCAGCAAUGCUCAUUACAUAUUUUCAACAUAUUUGUGGAAUGUUGAAAAUAGCCAGCUACCGUAUCGAACGUGCAAUGAACAUUAAUAUAUUGCAAAAUAUUAAUGAGAUGAAAUACAUUUUUAUACACGAGGGUUUAAUUUGCGCUGUAAAUAUUCAUCGGCAAGCCAUGAACUUAUGCUUAGACAUGCUAUCUUGUAUUGAGACAAUGUUGUUCUGUUUAAUAAUAUUUGGAGUUUUAAUGAUGAGCAUCACCUUGUUUCAAAUUUUUCAGAUUCUAUCAAUUGAAGGAGAUAUCAAGGAAUGUCUAGUGCCUUUUAUAGUCGCUUUGUUCAGUGUCGCGUAUAUGUUUGUAUCCAAUUAUAUCGCUCAAACAAUAAUGAAUCAUAAUGAACAUAUAUUUAUUACCGCAUAUAACGUUAAAUGGUAUAUAGCUCCAUUAUGUAUACAGAAAAUGACGCUGUUUCUGUUGCAAAGAAGUUCUAAAAAUUUUAAUUUGAACGUUGGUGGACUGUUUAAUGGAUCUAUAGAGACUUUUGCUACGCUAGUAAAGACUUCAGUAUCGUAUUUUACAGUCAUAUAUUCUACUCAAAAAUGAGACAAUAAUCUU